CGAUAGUCCGGAACAAGAAUGGUGGUUCCGGCAGGCUGGUCCGUUUCGGCUCUGGCAGAUGGCAAAGAGCAGACGAGGACCGGCGGCAAGCACAAAAUCGCACGAAAAUGAGGCGCAACACACCGAGAGGCGUCAGGCAAUGCUAUGCUGCAGCAAGUCGUAGCAAGCCCUGGCAAGCGCUCAGUAGGUCCCCAAUUGCUCAUCGAUAUCCCUUUUCUCUUGUCAUGCUACCACCGACACUUCUAAGAUGUCCAUGCUGGCGGCCGAAGGAUCCACUUCGCUGGGAAAGGAAGCCUCCCAUGGAUUUCUUGAUGUACACAAGCGUCCCGAGUCGACCACGGAUGCUAUCAUGCUCCUCAACAGAGUGGACCGACAAGACGGCAAAGAGGAGGCAUGGGACACACGCAGCACAAGCCCUCCGCGCGUAUCGAUCGACUCUACGCCCAGACCUGCGACGUCAUUUCAGCUGCCGACCUUUGAGGAUCUGCUGUUCGACCUCCUCUUUGCCGCCGUUCUCAACGUAUACUCAGCCUCGAUGAGCUUCGAUCGGGCUAGGCAGAUUGCCGCUUUUGCAGCCUUCUUCGCAAUACUGUGGUGGGCCUGGUUCACCCAAACCCUCUUUGACGUACGCUACCGCCAGCGUACGGGUCGCUUGAGGAGCGUAGCGCAAGGCGUCCUCCGCUUCGUGCUCCUCUGCGUCUGGCUGGGAUUCACGACGGUGCCUUCUGAGUUCACUCGGUCUGGCUUUGCCACGGCGACGCUCCUCUACGCCCUGACUAGAGUCUGCCUCAUCCUCGACUUCGCACUCGUCUGGUCACUGGAUCCCUCAUUGCGCUGCGAUCCGCAGAUGCGGCUAGGCACCUGCGUCAUAGUAGCCGCAAGCACCAUUUCUGCAAUCAUGUGGGGCGUCAGCCGCCUCUUCGACGACAACUUUGGUGUCGUCUGGCAGCAGGGUGUCAUGUGGGGUCUGGCAAUUUUGCUCGAAGUCGUCGCCCAAAGCUAUACGGAGCUUACGCUUCGCUUCGGGCCACUAGGUGACACGAUCCUUGCGGAAAGAAUGGCGACAUUUGGGCUAAUUAUCUUGGGCGAAGGUUUCAAUUCUCUGGGCGAUGUCCUCAACGGCUUCAGUAUUGGUGCUCACCAGUGGGGUGGGGAUGGAAGUCCUGCUGGCGGAUGGGCUCGGGGUAGUAUCUUACAGACCUUGAGCUCUGUCAUUACCUUACUGAUGCAGUUCUACGCCUACUUCUCCGACGCCUCGCGAGAGCUCGACCUUCCUCCCCUCGCUGGGCUCAGCUGGAGCUACAUGCACCUCAUCCUACAUCUGGCCAGUUUGGUCACCGUCGUUGGUCUGAAGAAGGUUGUCGGUUUCCUCAAUGCUAUGCGCGCCAUCGAGGAGCUUUUCGACAACCCGCGCAAAUGGCUGCCAGACUACCCGCCGUGGAACGAGUUAGAUUACUACGACCUGUACGCCAUCAUCGACGGUCGAAACGAGACCAUGCCGGCGCACGGCAGUGCCAGGGCGCACGAAGUCGUGCUGUCGAUGUUCACCAUCAUAGAAGAGACUCUCGGCAGUCAAAUACCCAGCGCAGGGCAGGCAGCUGGCCUCAGAAGCGCCGCAAAGGAGAUGGCGUCCAUAUCCCUUGACCCGCCGCUAAGACUGGUGCUGUCGAAAUGGGAUGGCUUGUCCCAAGCCAUCUCGCAGCAGAACUCGUCAUCGCUCAAUUCGUGGAUCGAGCAAAAUCUUUUGCAGACUAAGUUUCUCUACGGAGCCUGCGCAAUCUUUCUUGCCGCAGAUGCCAUCGUCAAGAUCCUUCGCGGCCUUAGGACCCGUGCCACUGACAGUCCGAGGCCUCGACGUCGCGACAAGCUGGGCUGGAUAUUCCGCCUCGGCUUUGCCGUCGUCCUUCCAGCCAUCCAAGCCGUCUUCAUCGCGUACGGCGGACCUCCAUCUGACCAGGCUCUCACAGGCACGCUGGCCAUCCUAGCUUCUGUGCUGCUCGCUGAAUUCAUUGUGUCGCUCGUGGUGCGAGAGUACUGCCGGAGGAAGAGCAGCGAUUUGUAGCAAUGAGAUGCCCUUCACGCCUCUCGCAUUGAGAGAUAGCGCUUGCAGCGCGACUUCAGGAUUUGAUGACUGAUUAGAGAUAUCGAAAGAGAUACAAUGAAGAUGACG